UAAAGUGGAGCUGUUUUCGGUUUAAGUUUUGACCUCCCUCGCGUCUUUGUGUUUUGAGUGCACGCUGACAUGAUAUAGGAAAAAAAAAACUUUAUUGACAACUUAGUUGUGCUGCUUUCCUUUCUCUCACCAAUUGGAAUGUGUCCCGUGACAGGAUUCUUCAUAACCACCCGUGGGAGGGAAGGACCCAUGCUCUGUCAUCUUUGUGCUUCCACAAUAACUCUGUACAUACUUUGGACCACCAUGGCCCAAGUUUCUGGCCAGGAAGACAAAGAGAAAACCACUGCUCUCAAAGACUUGCUGUCAAGAAUCGACUUGGAUGAACUAAUGAAGAAAGAUGAACCUCCUUUUACUUUCCCCAAAACACUGGAGGAGUUUGAAUAUGCGUUUGAUGAAAAUGGCCAGCUCAGGCACAUAAAUACUGGUGAGCGCUUUGUAUUCAAUGCCAGAGAAGAUCUUCACCGCUGGAACCAGAAACGCUAUGAAGCUCUUGGAGAGAUCAUCACUCAGUAUGUUUACAAGCUGUUGGAGGAUCAGUGUAAGCUGAAAAAAGAAGUCAUACCAGUGGAUGCAUCCGACGGUGAACCCACUAGUUUUAUUUACAUGAGCACAGAUGCCUUGACUAAUCCAUCCAAGUUGCUGAUCCUGAUCCAGGGUAGUGGUGUGGUGCGAGCGGGUCAAUGGGCACGAAGACUGAUCAUCAACCAGGACCUGAACUCUGGAACACAAAUUCCCUUUAUUGAGAGAGCUAUGGAGGAUGGCUAUGGCGUCAUGGUGCUGAACCCCAACGAGAACUUCUUUGAGAAGGAAAAGCCUGCGAAAUUCUCUCCCAUUCCUUCUCCGACGGAACCCACAGACGAACCAGCUGAAAAGAGGGAACGCAAAGACGACAAAGAGGGCAAAAAAAAGAAGGAGUUUUACGAGAAAUACCGUAACCCACAGAAAGAGACGGAGACUGAACGCAUUCCUAUACGGGGAAGUGGUUCCUCCGAAGAGCAUGUGCUUUACGUGUGGGAUCACUUUGUGUCCAAAGCUUUAGCCAAGAAUGUCUUCAUCGUGGCCCACAGCUAUGGAGGGUUGUCAUUUGUUGAACUGAUUAAUCAAAGGGAGAAUCAGGUGAAGAACAAAGUAUGCGCUGUUGCUCUGACUGACUCCAGCCACAAUAUUUGGCUACAGGACACCAGCAAGGGGACUCAGGACUGGAUGCAUCAGAACUGUCAAAACUGGGUAUCGAGUCCUGAACCUUUGGACACCCCCCUCGAUUCCAUGCUGCCAGACUGCCCCAGGCUUUCUGCAGGCACAGAGAGACAUGAGCUGACCUCCUGGAUGAGUUUCAGAUCCAUCUUCAAGUUCUUCAGCGAAGCCCUGAAGGCGAAAGAAGACGAGGAGCAGGAGGAGACCUCCAACACCGUCACCACGCGCAGCAGCUCGCACAAAAACAAACACCAGGAUCUGUAGAGAGCCACCGAUAUUACUAUGGAAGAAAUGCAGGUUUUUGAGGUGAUAGGGAAGUGGGUAGGUCGGAAUCAAACGUUGAAGUUCAUAAAUGGUAUUUUUUUUUUCUUUCAUUGUCUCGUCCUCUGUAACCUCACACAUGAUUUUCCUCUUCACUGUCUUGCCUGAGUGUCAUUUCUCCCCUCCAGCUCUUCCUGGCUUUGCGCUCACACAGUCCCCUUGUUGAUAGAGACAAAAGUACAGGGUCACCAUGUAUACAACACAAUAAUGUUUUGCAUUACUUCUAGUUGAGUGCAACUGUCAAAGCAAUAUGGGCCUGAGUGUUGCCGCUUCCCAUGGGCUGUGGCCUGGCUCCGGGUACGGGCCACAGCAGCAGAGAUUAAGGCUGACAGGCGCUGUGCACAAUGCGCUGUGGUGCACCUCUAAUUGUCCUGACAUCAGCCUGAACUGAGCUAAUGCCCUGCCUGCCCUCCAGUCUGUACUGCUCAGUCUCUUCCUCCCGCCCUCUGUCUUUUGCGCCUGGUCCUAAAGCCUGAACUUUUAUUUCCUUAAAAUGAUCUGACCUGCUCAUUUUUAUUUUCAAGAAUCAUAGUCUUUUUUCAUAAAAUAUUUUUUUAAUGAAGGGAAAGCACUCAAACUUUUAAAUUGCUUUCAUGUCAACUUUUUUAACUUUUCAGUGUUUUAUUCCCACAAAUUUUUGUUUUUUUUCUUAACAUUGGGCUCCCUAGCAAAUUUUUUUUAUUUUUUUUAUUAAGUCAACACAUCACAAAGAAAAGUAUUUAUUUUUGCGUCCUACUAAACUGUAAAGAGUUCAUAUCUCCGUUAUUAUACACAUGUAUCAUUUUUCCUUUUUUUUCCCUGAAAUUGAUGCCUGUGGCUGAUUGAAUGUGAUGAAACACAUAAAACAAACACAACCUGUUCUAAUUACAGAGAAUUUAGGAUACUGCAUAUAUAAAAUCACUUAGCGUCAAGCAUCAAAAUAGGUUUGAAGGAUAUCUCAUUUUCCCAGGAGCCAGAAGUCAACUCACAACUCUCAUAAAACCCCAAUAUAUCACCUUACUCAUGUCAGGAAAUUCAAGAUUUCAAUAUUUUUCUAAGCCACGAGGAUAUUUUCUCAGAUGUUUGAGGGGGAAAGAAAACAGAUUUUCAGUCCAUCCGCCCAAGUUUUCCUCAUGUAGUUAAAAGUGACACAGUCUCCCAGCUUAGCACCACAUAAUCUGACUUUAUGACAAAAAUGUGACAAAAAAAAGGCUUUAUAAACCAUUCGAGGGUUUAUGGAAAACAAUUCUAAUACAUUUUGACAUUAGGAAAAACUCCAAACUGGAUGUGGAAACUUGUGAUACCAUUGAGCCAUUGUACAUUUCUAUCCCCCAUCAUCGUGAAGCGCGCGCUCCGCCUCUCCUGCUCUUUAUGUGCGUGCUUUGAGGCUCUCCUGGAUUAUAUUUCUGCCUUCAUUAGACAAGUGUGGCUGAUGGCUAAUUUUCUUUUAAUUUGAUUCCGAUCUCCCCAGGUUCCUGCAAAAGAAGUUGGCUUAUUAUUUGAUUUGAUGAGUUUCAUUUCAAGUUUCUGUUGCUCACCUUUGUGCUCUUUUCUUACACUUGAUUUUUUUCCCCCUUUUCAAUGUGUAUAUUGUUGCCUUAGGAAUAAACAGGACUCGUCAUACUGUUUUUAAUAUCCAACAAGCCAUAAAUGAACAGAAGUGAAGAUGUGAGGACCGCCUCAAUCUAAAGUCUGCAAACAAUGGAGGGGCACUUUUUAUUACUUAUUGGUCUUGAAGGUUUUUUUUCUCCUGUAUUGAUUUAACCUAAAUGCCCUUUUUGUUUUUAUCAAGUUUUUUCUGUUUUUGAAGUUGGAAAUGUUCUAUCAAAUCACAACAUGUUAUUAUUUUUGUUCAAUUAUCUAAAAGUGAUUUGCAUUUCUGUAAAAAUGUUCUUUACUUGCUACAAUGAUGUAAUUUACCUAUUAAAUAGAAAUUAAAUAUUUCUUGCCUAUAA